AACAGGUGUGUGUGCAGGUGCACGCGGCAGCUCUUCCAUAACCUCCACGCGGCUGAUAUUGAACGGGUCACCCGCACACACACAUGUAACGUGAGCUAGGUGGCUAGCUUGUGACCCUCGACAUUGAUUCCUGUGGUGUGACUCCUCGGCUGGAAACUUUACCAGCACAGGUUGUGAGGCAACACAGGAUGAGCUGAAGGCGGCAUACAGGCGGUUGUGCAUGCUGUAUCACCCAGACAAACACCGGGACCCUGAUCUAAAGCGUCAAGCAGAGCAGCUUUUUAACCUCGUACAUGAAGCUUAUGAAGUGCUUCGGGACCCACAGGCACGAGCUAUCUAUGAUAUCUACGGCAAGAGGGGACUCGAUGUAGACGGAUGGGAGGUGGUGGAGAGAAAAAGAACUCCCGCAGAGAUUCGGGAAGAGUAUGAGCGUCUUCAGAAAGAGCGGGAGGAGAGAAGGCUUCAGCAAAGGACCAACCCAAAGGGAACUAUUAGUGUGGGUAUUGAUGCCACGGACCUCUUUGACCAGUAUGAGGAGGACUAUGAGGAUAUGGCUGGAGGGGGAGUCCCACAUGUGGAAAUCAACAAGAUGCACAUAUCACAAUCCAUAGAGGCUCCUCUUACCACAAAAGACACAGCUAUUUUGUCUGGCUCCCUGUCAACCCACAAUGGAAACGGAGGUGGAACAAUUAACUUGGCCUUAAGAAGAGUCACCUCAGCCAAGGGGUGGGGAGAGGUAGAGCUCGGUGCUGGAGACACCCACGGACCUCUCUUAGGAAUGAAAAUUUUCCGGAACUUGACGCCACGAUUCUUCAUCACCGCUCAGUGCGGGCUCCAGUUUUCCUCCCGAGGCGUGCGCCCCGCGGUUACCACGGUGCUGGCCCGUCACCUAGACAAGAACACUAUGGGCUAUCUACAGUGGCGCUGGGGCAUCCAGUCCUCCAUGAACACCAGCAUCGUCAGGGACACCAAGAGCAGCCAUUUCACCUUCGCAAUGCAGGUUGGCAUCCCUCACACUUUUGUGAUGAUGAGCUACCAGUACAAGUUCCAGGAUGAUGACCAGACGAAGAUAAAGGGCUCAGUAAAAUCAGGUUUCUUUGGGACCGUGGUGGAGUACGGUGCCGAGAGGAAGAUCAGUCGACACAGUGUCCUGGGGGCCACCGUCAGCGUGGGAGUGCCCCAAGGUGUCUCCCUCAAGAUCAAACUAAACAGAGCCAGCCAGACGUAUAUCUUCCCUAUUCACCUGACUGACCAACUCCUGCCAAGCGCUGUAUUUUACGCCACAGUUGGACCACUGGUUUUCUACCUCGCCAUCCAGCAGCUCAUUAUUCGGCCCUACGUGCGGGCCCAGAAGGAAGAAGACUUGGAGAAGCAGCGGGAGAGCUCGGCCUCAAAUAUAGCCCGGAAGAAACAGGAGGCCGAGGCUGCUGUCUUGCUCAUGCAGGAGUCCGUGCGCAGGAUUAUUGAAACCGAGGAGUCUAGAAUGGGUCUCAUCAUCCUCAACGCCUGGUACGGCAAGUUUGUGACGGACAACAGCAGAAAACACGAGAAAGCGAAGGUCAUUGAUGUGACUGUGCCGCUGCAGUGUCUGGUGAAAGACUCUAAACUCAUCCUCACUGAGGCCACAAAGUCAGGACUCCCUGGUUUCUAUGACCCCUGUGUGGGGGAGGAGAAGAGCCUGAAGGUGCUGUAUCAGUUCCGCGGAGUCAUGCAUCAAGUCCUGUCAGGAGACAACGAAGCACUCAGGAUACCAAAGCAAUCUCACAGGAUCGACGCAGACACAUAGGAGCUCCUCCGCUGACCAAAAAAGACUCAUCCCUCAGCUGGUGGACAGAAGAUGGAUAAACCUGUUUUAGAUACGACACGGAUGGAAGUCCUUGUUCCUCAGAAAAAUCGUGCAUUUACCCUUUUUGUCUUUAUAUUCAUUUAAAUAUGCAGCGCGGAGUGAAAGCAUCGCAGACUGGAUUGAUCAUAAUUCAGGUUCCAUGGACAGGGUUGCGACCUGCUUGAAAUUCUAAUGAGACACCAACAUCGAUGGCUACCAUCCUGUGUCACAGGUCUUUUAGCCUCCUUGGUAUCCAUUUAAUUUUGGUAAAUGGCUUGUAAUUUAUGAUUGAGGUCUAUGUACUGUAUUGUACACAAACUGCAGUGCCUACAUGAUUAGAUACAUGAAUGCACCUAUGUUUAUUUGCCAUAUUAUUAAAAUCAGUCUCUCUCAUGUUGCUCAACCAUUUUUGGCACAUUUCUUUUUGUAUAGCUUGUAUGAGGAAUUGUUUUUGAUUAUUUUUGAUUUAAUUGAAGCAUUGCUGAUUGGUCCAUUUCAUGAGGGGAAAAAAGGACUACUGAAAUGUGUUGAUUCGAAUGAUAAGAUGAAUGGGGAAGGUGAAACAUCUCACUUUGAAAAGUGUUGUGCUUGGAUAGAGUUUAGAAAGGGAGUUCGUCACUGACAUUUUAAAUUGAGUCAACAUGUCUGGUACGCUGUAGGUCUUCUCCCUAUGAUCCUUUCCCUGAUCUGGGUGAAAUGUUAAUGAAUCUUCCCUCCCCUCACUUGUUUGUGUGCCGUAAAUAGAAAGGAGAGGAUUAACUGAAACCACUAUAAGACCAAAGAUCGCUUAACUCCCCACGAAAAGUGCAGCCUUGCCUUUUCAGGAAUAAUGAGUGGAUCAUGCAAAGAGAUACUGGCCAAAUGCUUCCUGAAACCCAAAACAACAUCUCCAUAAUAAUGAU